AUGUCCUCCACCGAGCCAGUCGUCGUCAUUGACGGCAAGGGACACCUUCUUGGUCGUCUGGCCAGCACUGUUGCUAAGCAGCUGCUCAAUGGCCAGAAGAUCGUCGUCGUGAGGUGUGAAGCCCUCAACAUCUCCGGCGAGUUCUUCCGCGCGAAGCUCAAGUACCACGCCUAUCUUCGCAAGAUAACCCGUUUCAACCCUACUCGCGGUGGUCCCUUCCACUUCCGUGCGCCCUCUCGCAUCUUGUACAAGGCCGUCCGCGGAAUGAUUCCCCACAAGACCGCCCGUGGUGCUGCUGCCAUGGAGCGCCUUAAGGUCUUCGAGGGUGUUCCUCCUCCCUAUGACAAGAAGAAGCGUGUCGUUGUUCCCCAGGCUCUCCGUGUCCUCCGUCUCCGCCCCGGCCGCAAGUACUGCACCGUUGGCCGUCUCAGCCACGAGGUUGGCUGGAAGUACCAGGACGUUGUCGCCAGACUCGAGGAGCGCAGAAAGGUCAAGAGCAGUGCAUACUACGAGCGCAAGAAGGCCGCUCGCCGCCAACUCGUCCAGGCCCAGAAGUCGGCGGGUGUCAGCGACCAGACCAAGAGCCAGCUUGCUCAGUACGGAUAUUAG